AUGUAUAAACAAUUAUUUCAUUUACGUUGUGGAUUUUGGAGAGUGCAGACAUGGUUCAAUGGGAAAACUAUAAAAAGGAUUGAUUUUGAUCCGUCGCAUCCUGCGAGUUUCAGCGGACCACAAAAAUUGUACAAAGCCGUAAAAGAGGAAGGCAAAUAUUUCAUUGGGAUGCACAGAAUCCGGAAAUUUCUACACAAUCAAGAAGCAUACAGCCUGCAUAAACCUGUAAGAAGACGGUUUCAAAGAAAUCAUGUGGUCAGUAGCGGAAAAGACGACCUUUGGAUGGCAGACUUAAUCGAUACGGUAAAGUUUGAAAAAUGGAACAAAGGAUACAAAUACAUACUGUUAGUUAUCGAUACAUUCAGCAAGUACGUUUGGCUAAAACCUCUCAAACAGAAAACUGGAAAUGAUAUGACAGAGGCAUUUAAAGACAUCUUCACAAAUUCAGGCCGCAUGCCGAAAAGAUUGAUAACUGACAAAAGUCAGGAGUUCAGAGCCAAAUCAGUACAAGAUCUGAUGAAAAAAUAUAAUGUCUUAUACUCGCCAACACAGAAUGAGACAAAGGCGAGCACGAGUGAACGUGCAGUAUUGACCUUAAAAUCGAGAAUAAUGCGCUACUUAGCAUACAAGGAUAACUACACAUAUCUACCUAGCUUAUCAGCAAUUUCAAAGUCCUACAAUACCACGUACCAUAGAACAAUUGGAACAACACCAGCCAGUGUAAAAGACGCUAACCAGGAAGAAGUGAGAUUAGCCACAUAUUUUGCACAAAAUCCGAGGAAAGGCAAAAUCAGCGCAAAACUAAAACCGUUCAAAUUUAAAAUUGGUGACUAUGUAAGGAUUACAUAUUUGAGCAAUGCGUUUACUCGUGCGUAUGAUCAAACGUACAGUGGAGAAGUGUUCCGAGUGUCAAAAAGUUAUCACAGAGGAACUUUGCCUGUAUACAGGCUGAAUGAUUUGCAAGAUGAAGAAAUUAAAGGAACAUUUUAUGAAAGUGAAAUGCAGAAAGUGAACUACGAUCCAGAUCAAAGCUUUAAAGUUGACAGAAUUAUAAAGACAAAAGGAAAAGGACAAAAUAAGCAAUAUUUAGUACAAUGGAAAUAUUACCUGAAGAAGUUCAAAAGCUGGGUGAAAGCUAAUGACCUACAGUCAUUUUAA